UAUUUCCGGGUUGUAUUGUUUACAGUGGGAGCAACUUCCCAGCCGCGAAGUUAGUUUUUAUGUUUGAGCGGCUCAAAAAGUAAAACGUGUUCUCCAGGCGCUAGACUUUACGCCUGCCAAAGGUGGGCUUUAUUUUCUAGCCUCAUACGGCGCAGACUCACUAAAGCUAACCGGGCUAAGCGGCUAACGUCAGCGUCUAGGUUUUCUGACAGUCAGCAUGAAGCAGAUAUCUAAAGUGAUGAUAAAACAUUAAAGCUGCUUCAUAAUCCUUGCUAAGGAAAACCUACAGAAGCUGGAUCAUAUUAAUGGUUAUUGUCAGUCACGUCAAUGAAUUGAUCUCCAGAAUUACUUUACUGUAAUACAUCCUCUGAAUUAUUUUUUUUAGUAUUUUUGAAGUAUUUGUUUUAAGGAAACCGAGUUCCUUCGAGAUCACAUUAAUGAACGAGCAUACUUUCUUUUUCUCUUGUUGAGCCCAGUAGAACAAUUAAAAGCAAGUUUUAUCUCAGUGGCUCAUGGGGGUGUUUCUUCCCACAGUGGAAGGGCAGCAGGACAUUAUUCAGAAAAUCAGGCCCUGAAGGCCCAAUUACAUAAACCAUGAAGAAGAAAGUCCGGCAUCUAAAGACCUCAUCCCAACAAGCUGGCAGAGUGCAGACAGCAGCAGAUGGAUGUGAGGAGAAAAAGGCGCCUGGAAGCAGAGAGAAACUCCACAAGACUGCCCCCCCAACCACAGACUGCUUGUGUCCUGAAAAUACUGGGAUGGACACACACUCAGACCUAAGCAUGAAAAAAGAUGAUGUUGGAAGGAAACAUCCAGAGAGCAAGUCCAGAUCUUCAGCAGGCAGACUCUCCACUGCUGUCUGUCGUCUCUGCCAUGGAAAGUUCUCCGCACGCAGCCUGAGGCAUGCCUUUCACAGAUGGCCUCAGGAUUCCCUGGAAAUCUUGGACUCCACCCCCCAGUCGUCCCUCCUGUUCCAUACAGACUUCCAAAGCUUGGUUGGUGUCCAGUUGGACCGUGAUCCCCAACUUUCAGAGUUUAUCUGCAAAAAGUGCCACACCAAGUUCUACAAGUGCUACAACAUCUUGAUCAGGUUUCUGCAGAGAGUCAACCUACCGCCUGUUGGAAAGGGGAACCGGAAGAACAUAAAGUGUCCAAACUCCUCAGCAAACACUGUAGAAACACCACUGUCCUUCACAUCUGACCCAAAGUGCCUCCACAGUCUGGUUACCUGGGCUCACCUUCAUGGUGAGGCCUGCCGGUCCUGCCCUGACCUCAAGGAGGUGCUGGAGGGCCAAUGUUGGGGUUCAGUGAAGGCUGUGUGGGGCUGUGUUGAUGGUCACAGGUACAUCAUGGACACUCAGAGCACCACUGCUUCUUACCUGGGACACAAAGUGAACUCUAGCAGACGAUCUUUAAGGAUGGGGAAUAAUGAGGAAUUAAUGUCAGAGAAGGAACAGGAACGGUUGGAUGAGGAAGAAAACUCUGCUGGAAAUAAAAGGUUAUUGGAUGGAAGUAUGAACUCUCUGGUUCAGCGAAGUCUCCCCUCAAGAACGGAACAGAACUUGGUGCCGGAUGACUGGACCGGAAGGGAAGAUUUUCUUGAGGAGGCACUGUCUCCAGCUGCAGCCCCGCUACAGGACCGGACUGCUGACAGCGAUCUGUCUGACAGGGGGAUCUCAGAGAACGAACUGGAGGAGAAGAAAAGAGGAGACCCAUCAGAUGAUGAGCUGUUUGAGUCAUUUCUGAACAAGAAAGCCUCCAGGCUUAACAUCACCAACAAGAGGAGGCAGAGUUCAAAGUCCUCGGAAGAACCCAGAGUCCGAAAAAAACCUGGACCCAAACCAGGCUGGAAGAACAAGUUCAAGCCUAAAGGAGAGGAGCUUCCAAACAUCUACAAGUGUCCAUAUCAAGGCUGCACUGCUGUCUACAGAGCUCCUGAUGGUUUAAAGAAACACAUUAAGGAGCAUCAUGAGGAAAUGAGAGAGCGACCCUGCCCUCAUCCCGGCUGUAACAAGGUUUUCAUGAUUGACCGCUACCUGCAGCGACACGUCAAGCUCAUCCACACAGAGGAGAGGAACUAUAUUUGUGACCAGUGUGGUCAGACCUUCAAACAGAGGAAACAUCUGUCAGUUCAUCAGAUGAGACAUUCAGGAGCCAAACCGCUGCAAUGUGAGGUGUGUGGAUUCCAGUGUCGCCAGAGAGCGUCACUGAAGUACCACAUGACCAAGCACAAGGCUGAAGCGGACCUGGAGUUUGAGUGCCUGAGGUGCAGCAAGCGCUUCGAGAAAGCCCACAACCUGAACGUCCACAUGUCCAUGGUCCACCCGCUGAUUCAGGCCGAGGUUCUGAGAAGUGGCAACAAGGAGCAACAUACAGAUCUGCAGACAAUCAGUCUGACUGGGGAGGUGGUCCAGCAGGACCAGGACAGAUGACAGCAAGGAGUUCUGGUUUGCCUCAGAGGUACAAAGACCCACUCCAGAUCUUCAGUUUGGCUUCGUUCUCUCAAACACCAACAUGAUGUUGCUACAAAGUGAGCUGCUUUAUUACAAAGUUUCGGUUCAGCAGAGGUCCCCUGAUAGGUAGGGUUAAAAUGCCGUUGCUAGACCCGUCCAGUGCAACCAGCUGCAUACCGAAGUCAUCUGUUCAGUCAGUAGAGACCAGCUGGAUGCAUCUUACAUUAUGCAUGAACCGUAGCAGAAAUUAUUUAAGAAUAAUCAUAUUGAUUAUGAGAAACCUUCAUUUUCCUGACACGUUUCUUUUGUUAACAAUGGUAACCGUACUCUGAGUUAGAGGUCGACCGAUGGAGCUUCUUAUUACCGAUAUUUAAAGCUCAGGGUGGCCGAUAUUUCAGGCUGAUUCGGUUUCUUUUAUUUGGUUGUAUGAAUUUGUUUUAUCUCUCGUUGUUUGCUAGCUUUUUCUUUCCCAUGAAACCAGUGCAGUAGUUGGUUGAAGUAUUCUUGAUCCUUUUCUAAUUCUAUGAAUCUUUUCAGCUCCCAUCCUUACAACAUACCCUGUAUGAGGAGAACAUCACACUGAUUAGGACUCACUGAUUACUGUGAAGCUCAGAGCUCAGCUCCCUUAUAAAAACAGGUCAGUACCUGAAACUAAUUGCCCUUAUGAGGCCCACUGUGAUCUCCAGCGCCAGUCCAGAAUAAUCAGCAGCAGUUUCUCCACCAUUGUUAAAGGGGACUUAUGAUACAAAAUCCAAUUUUUUAGCCUUUAAAUACAUUUUGUUGCGUACUAGAAGUGCAGAAAAGUUUAAUUUAGUCUCUCCAUGUGCUACAGAUAUCUUUGCAUUCUGUUUGGGUCAUAUUUUUCAGGCCAUUCAGUUUUCUCUCUCAUCCAUUACAUUUUUACAACUGUUACAUCACAAUAUUUGCUGCUGAACAGCUAAAUAAGGUCAUGGACUUCUAGCUGAUCAAUGUUGCUUAUCUGCCAGAUUUAUUUUUCGCUUUGAUUUUGUAGUCCAAGCUCAAGUAUGCUUAAGCUGAAGGAGGAAAAGUUCGGUUCGGUUGUUAGGUGUAUUAACCCACACAAUUCAUUGCACCGUCCUCCAGCAUCAGAACCUGUUCAGAGUUCCCUGUUAAAUUUUGUUUUUCAUGGAAAUGUUCCCACAUUAGUCGGGAAAUUCCUCUUCGUCUGCGUGAAGCUCUUCAAGGACAAGUUCUUCAUCAACCUCCUCCAGUAUCAAGAAGGAUUUGCUGAAAGACUUCAUCUGAUUAAGGGGUCGGUUCCUUCUGUCUAUGGAAACGAUGAACACAACAAAGCAGGAAGCUGCAAAUAACACUUAAAUGACAACAAACUUUAUUUUAGACAUGAAUUUAUUGUGUUGAUGUGACGUCCUGGCCGUGGUUCUGAUAGCAGCAGCAUCGGGUCUUCUGCUGAUGUUAGUGCUGCUUUUAGCUCCUGGAGGACAGAAAUGUACUACGUAAUUUAAUAAUAUUAUUAUUACAUAAACAAGUUUCAUUGUUUUUGAUAUUUUUCUCUUGUUUCUGCACUGCUAGAUAAUCAUGUCUGUUAUCAAACUACAAAAAUGUCCAAACAGGUUAAAGUGCAGCACUCUUUGACCUGUAGGGGGGCGGGGUGUAAAGGGCCUCAGGAGCAUUUAAAGAGACGGCACCAAAACGAGUUGCUCUCAGACGUUCCUCAGAACAGGUAAAAGAGGAGCCUGAGGAGCUACAAGAACAAGGAGUUCAGACCAAAGCUUUGAGGUUCCACUUUAUAUAGACCACAGCUGGAUGAUUUAAGGUGAAAAGAAGGAUUUAAAAGCAUCAUUUCUCCCCUUUAAGGACAGCGGUUCUGUGGAUGUGCAGCAGAUGGGCUGCAUGGCAGUGUGUGUGGGGGAGUCGGCCAAUAGCGGCACCACAUAGCAGAGCACACCUUGUACUUUAUCAAAUAACUAUAAAUGGCAUUCAUUAAAAGAAAGUCUGUUUUCACUGGUAGUUCUGAUGUUUUUAAAAGGUCAGCUCAUAGAUCAGUUACGGCUGUCCUCUGUAGCUCUGACAGAUAGGAAGGCACCCUGAAGGUCACCAUGUCAACACAGCAGUACCACUGUGCUGCACAGAGAUACACACAAAAAGUUUUUGGAUAUUUGGCUUCCAGGUGAAAUUUCAGGGGGAACCUAAAAUGCACUAUAACCUUUGCAGGUGAACUUAAUGUGACCUUAUCUAAACUUUUAAGGCACAUCCAGUUUGGCAGCAAAAUUCACAACAGGUGUUUGAUCCAUUAAUUGAUCGAUACAUUUUCUGGCUCAGUCAGAGUUGGUAUCUAAACGAUCUUCUUCGUCAUGCUGUUCAAAUUCUAACACCAUGAGACAAGCAAGACACCUAACAGCUGAUCAACAGAACCUCACCAUAAACAGGAUGUUCUCAGUGGACAUCGUUUGGCCACAUCCCACACUGAUGACCUCUUCAUUGUGAACAGGGUCCCGUGGAACCGGAUGAUGGCUGCCACUCAACUCCAAGCAGAUUGAGUGAUCUGCACUUUCUCCAGACCUGAAUCGCAUAGAAAACCUAUGGGAUCAGCUGAAUCACCGUCAAGAGGCUUGUAACUCUGUACCCCAGAACGAACGGCCGUCCUUCAAGAAGAGUGGGAUGCCAUGUGUCUGGGGAUGGGUACCAAAUUCGGUACUUUUGUAGGUACCGACCAAAAUCCGUCUGUGCUACAGCAUACCGAUUCAUGUAAAAUCAACUGGUCCCAUGUUUCGGUACCUAAACCCAAACAUUGUGACACUAAGGGAGUGGAAGAAUGGGCGAUCUUCCAUGCUGGACAUGAACGCAGCAUUGCACGCACAAGAACGUAAUCAAGUCAGCAGCCGCUGGUACCGUCGUCAAAGCAUGGCUCCACUUGUCAAAUGUGAUGCGGAUUACACUCGCUGCAAUAUUUGUGACGCGAAGUGCAAGGCCAGUGGUGGGAAUGCUUCUAAUCUGAGGAAACACCUGGUGAAGCACAAGAUUUUUCUCAAGGCCUGAGAUCUACGGCUACAACGCCUGCAUUUGGCACCAUCAGCAUGCCAGAGAUGUUUCAAUACAAGCUGCUGGACACUGCUUUGAUAUAUUCAUUCAAGUUUAUAAAUUGAAAUGUUUUGAGAUUUUAUUAUUAAACAAACAUUUAUUACCACAUAAACACACACAAAAGUACCAAAAACUGGUACCGAUUCCCACGUAUCGAUUCAAAUGAGGAAGGUACCCAUCCCUACAUGUGUCAGCAGUCAAUAAAUCUGCUAGUGAACAGCAAGAGACCUCAUCAAGCUGGAGUCUCUUGACACGUUAUUGAUACAUUGUUGGUUUCAAUACAGUUUGGUAUGAGGAAAUCAUCAGUGCAUGUUUCUACUUAAAUGCCCACCAUAUAAUAUCACUGUAGUGGGAACUUUUUACAUUUUCUAUAAAUUUACCCUAAAAGCCAAAUGUCCUCAACUUUUGUGAGUUGUGUAUGAGUGUUUAAGUACAGCUAAGUGUACACCGUCAGGACCGAUCGUGAUACUUAAAAAAAGAGACCAUUUAUUCGGCCCAUUUAUAAGCAGGUCAAUAAUACUGGUUGACCUUUAGAUGGAGUCAAUCCAGCUGGCCAAAUAUGUUAUCAACAAGCCAGCUUUACUUGAAAAUUAUUACCCCACCAUCCCGGUGAAGUUCAUUUUAGGUUGGACGUUGCAUAUUUGCGCUCUGCGGAUUCAGCGGCGUCUUUGGGCCGGGUUACUUUCUAAUAUUUUUUUAUAUUAAAAUUUGCCAUUUUUCUUCAAUAGCUUGAAGUCAUGUGACCAAUUGACACAAAAUCAGUCUUAAAUCAGCCUACUAUACUGGAAGGAGGAGGCACACUCAUUUUCUGAUUUAAAUGCAUUUUCUACUUUUUAUGAAUUUUUUAUAUUAAAAUGCACCAUUUUUCUUCAAAAAUGUCUCUGCAUGUUCUGACCAGCACCAGCUUUUCCAAAAUAAAUGAACUAUUGAGUAAA